CAAUACACUGUUUAGAUAUAGGGGAAUCGAAAGUAGUUUAAUAUAAAAAUGGCGGCCAAUUUUGAAACAUCACAGAUCAAAGGUUCAGACGAAGUUUACGAUUUGUGCUGUUCAAUCUGCGAAGAUGAUGACAUAUAUAAAGAAGGACGAUUUCAUUGUAAGAAAUGCUCAAAGUAUUUCUGUGACAGUUGUGUGUUAACGCACAAUAAGUUUCACAAGGAUCAUUCAGUAACUGAAAAGGAUGAAGGUGACAAUUUGCCUGUUAACAAAAUAUUCGAUGACACAUUGGAGUUAUGUGUGGAGCACUUUUCUGAGAAACUGACGAUGUUCUGUGACGAUCAUGAAAAGCUGCUCUGUCAGUUGUGUCUCCUUCAUUAUCACAGGCAAUGCAGCCAGGUUGUUAUAUUGGCUGAUAAGAUCAAGUCAACUGGACAAUGCAUGGACGUUGCCAGAAUUGCAAAACGCAUUGAGGAGUUACAUGGACGUUUAGAAGAUGCGGUAAAAAUAGGAGAAAAAAACAUGAAAUCUCUUCAAACUUCCUACGAAAAUGUACUGGAAGAAAUACUUAAUUUACGUCGACAGAUCAACGAAACUUUAGACCGACUGCAACAAGAAACAAUACAAAAGUUGGAGCAGUUGCAUUCCAGCUUAAAGAUUUCUUUGGAAAAAGAUAGCAAGCAAUGCGUUGAAUUUAUGUCGAAGCUAAAAGAAUAUGACAUUAACUGCUCAGAAAAUAUUUCUUCUGAGCAAUCGUUUAUUUUCUAUAAAAAAUGUCUAGAUCAAACCGCCUCGGCAGAUUUAUUUCUCGGCAAACAAAUCAAGAAUGCAUAUAUUGAAUUUCAGCACAACACGGACUUAAAACAAUAUCUUGAUUCUUGUACAGAGCUGGUAAAUAUCACUAUUCACGAAGAUCCGCAACGUAACUGCGUUGACCCAAACAGAGUUGUAAGCGUCAAGGACCAGUCACAGUUCAAUGUGCGGUCGACGACUGAUAGGAAUGACUGUUUCAUAACGGGUAUAUGCGAGGCGUCCAAUGGGGUAAUCAUCAUUGUUGACCGCAACAACAAGUAUGUGAAACUCCUGGAUCAGGCGUUCAACCUGAUAAAGCAGGUACAACUACCUGCUAGGCCAUACUUAAUUUCUAAGAUAUCCCCCAACGUGGUGGCGGUGGCGUUUGGCCCCGAAGCUUCUGUUCCACAGAUUCAUUUCUUACGAGUCGACAAAGUAAGGAUUGUAACGCUUAAUAACAUAGAACUGGAACAGCACUGUAAUGGUAUGGCGAUUCACCAGGGCGACCUAUUUGUAACGUCCAGUACUGCAGUUUGUCAAUACACAAUGGAAGGGCGUCUAGUUAAAAAGUUGUAUGAGGAAAAAUCUACAUGCUUCAAUGGAAUUGGAGUAAGCCCUGAUGGAAAGAGGAUCUAUGUGACGGACGACGAUGACAGUCUCUUCACACUGACCAGGGAUGGAGAAGUCACUGUUACUCUCCAUGAUCCUGCUUUUAGAACGAACUAUUAUAUACCCAACAUACAUGUAGCAGCCACAGGACAAGUGUUUGUAUUUGGUGAGAAAACUGUAAAUCAAGUUGCAACGGACGGCAAAAAAGUCCUCAAUACCAUUAAACUUGGUAAAAUCAACCCUAGAUCUGUCUAUUUCAAUGCAGAUACAAACAAGAUGGUUGUUGGAUUUAAUGGCGACGACGAUGUCGUUGAGUUUAAAACAAAAGUUUCCUGACUUCAUCAUUUGUAUUCAUAACAUACGAAACUUACAAAAUCUUUCAUUAUAUUCUGUCUGCAUAUUAUUGAUUCCCGUAUAAUAUGUAUAACUGUAUAACAAAUAUGAAUAUAUGUUUUCAAUCAUAAGAAGAAGUCAUCAUAUAUACUAAUGCUUUUUUUCGGUAUGAAAUGUUUUUCAGAUUUUACUCUAUAAAAGCAUUACAUUUUCGUAAUAAAGAACCAAACUUGGUGUUGAGAAACA